CUCACUCACUCACUCACUUGGAUUAUAUUCAGCGAGCCUUGGCUGCCUUUCUCUCACCUAGGAGGAAGUUACGACACCCAGGAAGGAAUGCAGCAUCUGACUCGAUGCUAUGAUGCAACUCAAUCUGACGGUUCCUGACAGUGAGAAGGUAGGUGGCAUGCGUCAGAGAAGCCGCGAUGCGUGGGUAUCUCGGGUAUACCUACUUUUUGGCGUAAUCGAUAGAUAGCAGGCGCGACAAUGGCAAAGCGGGAGGUACAAACAACAGCAGCAUCUCGUCCAAGCCCGUCACUUCUCUUCUUCCUUCCAUUACAAGCAUUACUUCGUACGCAUCAUCACGUCGCUCAACUUCCGUUACGUCUGUCGUUACAUCUUAGUGACAGCCUCCUUGCCAGUCUUGACCGUUUCUCUCAUCGCUCACACAAUUAUCGACAACCUCCAGACCCACAUAAGGUACCAAAACCGUGGCGACCUCGCAGCGCACACCGUGGAGGCCAUCGAGGUACGCAAGAACACCUGGCAGCUGGACGAUACCGCAAUCUUGAACGUUACGAUGAGCUCAACUUCUCAAACGAAUGCCUCCAGCCCGGUAGACCCUGCACUUGCUUCGUGCUACAACGUACCGUACGGCGGCAUGGGCAUGCUGUGGCAUCUCAUCUUCGCGUGGACUAUCUGCUGGCUCUGCUUCGAUCGCAUACUUUGCUUUCCAAGGAACUGCCUGUCUAGCCCGAGCCUUGGUAUGAUAAUCUGCGGCUUCAGCUUACUCGGAUUCGUCUUACUCGGAUUCGUCAUCGCUGCGUUCUUCAACUUCUCGCUAUCCGACACAGAGCUCGUCUCAUCAUCAGAAGAG